AUGGUGGUGCGGCUGGACCACGGUCUACCUGACCGACUUGGUGAGGAAGGUGACGGCCCCGGGUCUACGAUGCAAGUCCGCGGUGCCCAGGACCGGGGCGCAAAGCCCGGCCGUCUUCUCUUCCUGCGUCUUGUGCCUUUGGAACUGGAGGCUGGGCGGGCAGCGUCCACGUGUGUCCACGUGCAGCCACCCGCCUGGCUCCCAGUCCAGUGGAGUAAACGAACCGCACCUGAGGGUGGGAGGGCUGUGACUGCCGUCGGUCCCGCCCCGGAGGCACCCGGAACAGAUGCCAGUGGGAGGGCGGGGUCUGCAUUUCAGGCCAGCUCCCAGCGGCUAGCAACGCUGCUAGUCUACAGACCAGACUCAAAAGUAGAAUACUCAAGUAGCGAGGAUUUGGAUAACUAG